CACCGGGGAAAGGAGGAGCGGUUCCACGCUAAGCACUCCCCUCCGCGUCCCCCACCAAACCCACCCGGCUUUGGAGUUUAUAAAGGCGACGGCCAGCGAUCAGAGGUCGGCGGCUGGCUGCAGGAUUAAUUCCCAGAAGGGGGACGGAUCGACACCUGGAUUUUACCUUCCGAUUUCUGCUGGUGCUGGGGGAAAUAUUUGGAAGAGCAGGUUGCUACAGGAGAAGCGCCGUGACCGCCUACUCUUUUCUCCCUCGACCGAGAAGCGCUUGCUUGAAACAUUUGAGGAAUACAGGAGGAAAACUAAAUCCACUAAGAACUGGAAGCUUGAAUAACACAAGGAUGACAGCCUUGCGCAUCUUUGGCUUGACGUUUCUGUUAAUGAUUUUGCAGCAGAGGGUGUCCGGCUCUGGCGUCUUCCAGCUGGAGCUGCACGAAUUCGUGAAUAGCCACGGGUCUCUGGCCAGCGGGAAGCCCUGUUUCCCCCACUGCAGGACCUUCUUUCGAGUUUGUUUGAAGCAUUUUCAGGCAGUGGUCUCCCCGGGCUCCUGCACUUUCGGCAGCAUCAUCACCCCGGUUCUGGGAAUAAAUUCCUUCAGCAUCAAGGACACGGAGAGAUUUGACAGCCCCAUUAAGUUGCCCUUUAACUUCACGUGGCCGGGCACCUUCUCGCUGAUCAUCCAGGCCUGGCACGCGCCCGCCAACUACCUGCCGGAAGGCUCCCGGCCGCCCUCGGAGGACUGGCUCAUCAGCCAGAUGUCCAUCCAGCGGUCGCUGUCGGUGGGCGAGGACUGGUCGCAGGACGUGCAGAGCGGGCCGCAGACCCAGCUGCGCUACGCCUACCGGGUGGUCUGCAGCGAGAACUACUACGGCGAGAGCUGCUCCCGCCUCUGCAAGCGCCGCGACGACCGCUUCGGACACUACGUCUGCGAGGCGGACGGCAGCCUGGCCUGCCUGCCCGGCUGGACCGGCGAGUACUGCACCGAGCCCAUCUGUCUGUCUGGAUGUACUGAACAGAAUGGAUAUUGCAACAAGCCGGGAGAGUGCAUCUGCCGUCCCGGUUGGCAAGGCCGCUACUGUGAUGAAUGCAUUCCCCACAUAGGCUGCCGCCACGGGACUUGUAAAACACAAUGGCAGUGCAUAUGUGAUGAAGGAUGGGGUGGCCUCUUCUGCGAUCAAGAUCUGAACUACUGCACUCACCACAGGCCAUGCAAAAACGGAGCGACUUGCAUGAACACCGGCCAGGGCAGCUACACGUGCUCGUGCAAACCCGGCUUUACCGGGGUUGACUGCGAACAUGAGAUCAGCGAGUGCGACAGCAAUCCCUGUAGGAACGGCGGCAGUUGCACGGAUAUGGAGAACGGUUAUCACUGCCUCUGCCCCCCUGGCUACUAUGGCACUCACUGCGAGCACAGCGCUUUGACGUGCGUAGACUCCCCCUGCUUUAACGGUGGCACGUGCUUGGAAAAAGAACAAGGGGCCAGCUACACUUGCGUUUGCCCUUUCGGCUUCACGGGGUCAAACUGCGAAAAAAAAGUAGACAGGUGCACGAGCAACCCCUGUGCAAACGAUGGUAAUUGCUUUUACCUUGGUCAGAUUCGCGUGUGUCGUUGUCGGGCUGGUUUCUCUGGUCAGAAAUGUGAGAUAAACAUCAAUGAUUGUGCCAGAAACCCAUGUUCCAAUGGGGGAACAUGUCAGGACCUGAUCAACGAUUACACCUGCACGUGCUUGCCAGGCUUCAGUGGCAGGAACUGUGACAUCAAAACCAGAGACGAAUGUGCUUCUGGGCCAUGUGAGAACGGAGGCACAUGCUACAGCGGACUUUAUAGUGCCAACUUCGUCUGCUACUGUCCUUCUGGCUUCAUGGGCAACCGUUGUGAAUUGCCAGUUUAUCCAGUGCCCGUUACGCUUCCUCCUAAACCAGUCCCCUGGAUUGCUAUAUCCAUGGGGGUCGGGCUGGUGGCUUUGCUCAUACUGUUCUGCAUGAUAGCGAUGGUCAUCAGGCAGAUGAGGAUGCACCCAGAGCAGGACUUGGAUCCAAUGAACAACCUGUCUGACUUCCAGAAGGACAAUCUCAUUCCAGCUUCCCAGCUCAAAAACACCAAUAAAAAUAAAGACCUUGAAGUGGACUGUGGGCUGGAGAAGUCAAACUACAAACCCAAGAACCAUAAACUGGACUACAAUCUGGUCAAAGACCUGACAAGUAGAGGGACACAGGAAGAUAAAUAUUACAAAAGUGAAAAGUGUUUAGGAGAAAAGUCUCCCCUCAGACUACACAGUGAAAAGCCGGAAUGUAGGAUAUCAGCGAUAUGCUCUCCAAGGGAUUCAAUGUACCAGUCCGUCUUUGUGAUAACAGAAGAAAGAAAUGAGUGCAUCAUAGCCACAGAGGUAUAAGACUGAAGAUCAGCCCAUUUGCACCUCAGAUUUGGUAAUGCCAGUAGAUGGACGUUCCUGCUGCAUUGUUUACAAUUCAGAACUGGAUCGGACUGUUUUUAAUUACAUGCAACUUGCUGCUCUCAGGCGGAGGAUGGAACUGGGUGAACUGGACAGACUGUGAAUUUACUGAAAGAUGCAAUACACCUUUUUGUUCUUA